CACAUCCUGUCAACUUCCAUCAGGAGAAGAAUUUUGCUACAGCUAGCAUACAGCAGUAGCUUACACCGCUGUCAAGCUGGAUCACUUUUAAAGUAUUUUCGUUUUGUUUGUUUUUUGCGUUUGUCAAAGGCAAAGACAUGAAUUAGCAUUCAGAAGUUAGCUUCGCCUGCAAUUGGGGGUGUUGAAGGUCAGUUUGAUCGGAUUGUUGUUGUUUGUAAAAACGACAUGAAUAGGACCUGGUUAAGCAGGGCCAUUGGGCUCAGUAUGUGUGCUUCGGUGAAGUAUAGUGCCAGGGGGCCUGCGCUAAUCCCGCGGAUGAAGACCAAACACCGGAUCUACUAUAUAGCACUGUUCUCUGUGGUGCUGCUGGGCCUCAUCGCCACCGGUAUGUUCCAGUUCUGGCCGCACUCCAUCGAGUCGACGGCGGACUGGAGCGUGGAGCGCCGCAGCGUGCACGACUCUCCCCUGGUGCACCUGCCUGCCUCCAGCCCCAUCCCAGAGCGCGGGGACCUCAGCUGCCGCAUGCACACCUGCUUCGACGUGUACCGCUGCGGCUACAACCCCAAGAACAGGAUCAAGGUGUAUAUCUACCCCCUGCGCCGCUAUGUGGAUGAGCUGGGCGCUCCCAUCAGCAGCACUGGGCUCUCGCGGGAGUACAACGAGCUGCUGAGCGCCAUCUCCGACAGCGAGUUCUACACUGACGAUGUGAGCCGAGCCUGCCUCUUCAUACCCUCCAUCGAUGUGCUGAACCAGAACUCGCUACGCAUCCGCGAGACUGCCCAGGCACUGGCACAGCUGCACAGAUGGGACAGGGGGAUGAACCACUUGCUAUUUAAUAUGUUACCUGGAGGGCCCCCAGACUAUAACACUGCACUGGAUGUUCCCAGAGACAGGGCUCUGCUGGCUGGGGGAGGGUUCUCAACAUGGACCUAUCGGCAGGGCUAUGAUGUCAGCAUCCCUGUCUACAGUCCCCUAUCUGCCGAGGUGGAGCUACCAAAGAAGCAGCCUGGCCCGCGGCCGUACUUCGUGCUGUCCAGUCAGACUGCGGUUCACAUGGAGUACCGUGCUGAGCUGGACGCUCUGAAGGCUGAGAACGGGGAGGCCGUUCUGAUCUUGGACAAGUGCACCAACCUGUCUGAGGGGGUCUCCCCCACCAGGAAACGCUGCUACAAGGGUCAGGUCUACGACUAUCCCCAUACACUGCAGGAGUCUACGUUUUGCGUGGUUCUGCGUGGGGCUCGUCUCGGCCAGGCUGUGCUCAGUGAUGUGCUGCAGGCAGGCUGUGUCCCUGUCAUCAUCGCAGACUCGUACAUCUUGCCCUUCUCCGAAGUACUCGACUGGAAAAGGGCUUCGGUGGUGAUUCCUGAAGACAAGCUGUCUGAGAUGUACAGCAUUCUGAAGAGCAUUCCGCAGAGACAGGUGGAGGAGAUGCAGAGACAGGCACACUGGUUCUGGGAAGCCUACUUCAGCUCCAUGAAGGCGAUCGCCUUGGCAACGCUUCAGAUCAUUAAUGACCGCAUCUACCCCUAUGCUGCCCGGUCCUACGAGCAGUGGAAUGAUCCCUCUGUUGUGAAGUGGUCGAGUGUGAACAGCCCCUUGUUCCUACCCCUGAUCCCUCCUCGUUCCCCCGGCUUCACUGCCGUGGUGCUCACCUACGACCGUGUCGAGAGUCUGUUCCGGGUCAUCACUGAGAUCUCCAAGGUACCCAGCCUGUCCAAGCUGCUGGUGGUGUGGAACAACCAGAACAAAAGCCCCCCUGAGGAGUCUCUUUGGCCGAAGAUCACAGUGCCUCUCAAAGUGGUGCGGACGACGGAGAACAAGCUGAGUAAUCGUUUCUUCCCCUAUGAUGAGAUUGAGACGGAGGCUGUGCUGGCCAUCGAUGAUGACAUCAUAAUGCUGACCUCUGACGAGCUGCAGUUUGGCUAUGAGGUGUGGCGGGAGUUUCCCGACAGACUGGUAGGGUAUCCGGGUCGGCUGCACCUCUGGGACCACGAGAUGAGCAAGUGGAAGUACGAGUCAGAAUGGACCAACGAGGUCUCCAUGGUACUGACUGGAGCAGCUUUUUACCACAAGUACUUUAACUACCUGUACACAUACAAGAUGCCUGGCGAUAUCAAGAACUGGGUGGAUGCCCACAUGAACUGCGAAGACAUUGCUAUGAACUUCCUUGUGGCCAACGUCACUGGCAAAGCACCUAUUAAGGUGACCCCUCGUAAGAAGUUCAAGUGCCCUGAGUGUACAGCUAUUGAUGGGCUGUCGCUGGACCAGACUCACAUGGUAGAGAGGUCUGAAUGCAUCAACAAGUUUGCCUCUGUGUUCGGGAUGAUGCCUCUGAAAGUGGUGGAACAUCGGGCUGACCCUGUCCUGUACAAGGAUGACUUCCCAGAGAAGCUCAAGAGCUUCCCUAACAUUGGCAGCCUCUAACAACACAGGAGAGUGAGCUUCUUCCUUACCAAGGACUGCGAAGCUCAACACCCAAUCAUGUCAGAACCCUAAUUCAGACUUCCUGAAGGCGCUACAAAGGCAACCUGUUGUUUUUUUGUUUUUCAUUCAUGGAAAGGGGGGGGUGUAAACCAUGCCCUCUUUUGAAGAACCAAGUCCCUAAUGUACUGAUGUAAUGAUAAAUUGACCGAGAACAUUGUGUGCCCUCCAACUAGCUAAGCUGCCAAGAGUUCUAAUAUAGAGGUGAAUUGGCUUACUGGUGCUUAAAAAAUAAAUUAAUUUAAAAAAAAAGGUUUGAUUAUAAUAGUUCUAUCUUGUGAUGGGACUUCAGUUCCACUUGACCAAGCAGGUUGAUUUAUGAGCUUGAGAACCCUGACAGAAAGAAUGAGAAAUAGCAUGAGGUGAUAACUACAGGUGAGUAUUGACAUGUUGUCUAUCAAUAGCUACUGCAAAAAGGCCUUUGCAGGUGUGCUGACAUAGUAGAAAUCUCCCCGAAACAAAAGUGUGUAUUUCAAAAUGUGUUAUUAUCGUUUCACCCCUUCAGGUCAGAGUGGCCAGACAGCAGCUCUGACCUCUAGUGGGCUGGAUUUAGGCUUUUGUCAUACAGCACCCUAUGCAAUAUUGUGUAUUGUUCUUGCAUUUUUAUAUUUAUCAAAACCUUAUCAAAAUUCCCUUUAACACCCCCAGGAAUUAACCUUUUUACUGUUGCAUUGUAACCUGCUUAAUAUCUGCCCUUGAGCUGUGUGAUAAACACUGUAGGAAAAGUUUCUAACUUCUUUUUUAGCACCUGUCUCUCCCCUGUAGACAUCAUGCAUGUCAAGUUGUUGUUGCGGUUGGAAAAAGUGACACAGACAUAAAUUGUAGCUUUGUUCUAAACAGCAGCUGUAUUGUUUUAGCAUUAUGAGCUUGAAGAGAUGGGCCGUGCAUGUUGGUAAAGACUAGUUACAAAAUGGUCGGCAUAGUAAGCACAUUGUGGAGGGCGACACACUUUACAGAAGAUUGCAGACUGUGUGGUGCUAAGUUUAUCCUAUGCGUGUUCCAAAGGGAAUUUCUUAUCCAUAUAUUGAAGGCCAACUCAUGAAAAACAUCUAGCCGGCCAAGCAGAUUUUUCAGCUGUUGCAAUGCGCAAAGCGAAUCAGAACACUAGUUAGAUAGGCCGGUGCUUUAUAAAACAUCAGUAAAUAACUACAUAAAUAAUCAUGCUUGAUGUAAAAGAGAUCUGAUGAUACUUAUAGGUUGACAUUUCAUAUAUUCAGUCUUUGUCCUUCAGGUUUUUGUAAGAUAAUCAAUACCUUCUAUACGGUACGGUUCAUGUUAUUUGUUUUUAAUAUUUCAGUGCCUGUUGGAGUCUUCCAUGUUAAGUGUAACAGUGUUGUAUAUGCAGCCCGUUGUUUUCAAAUUGUUGAAAAUGAAGGUGUAUAGACAUGGUGUAUUUUUAAUGUAUAGAAAAGAUGUUGGUAUUGUACUGUAUUUGUUUUGUUGUUGUUUUUUUAUUACUGUUUCAGACCAUGCAAAUAUUAAAUGAUGGUGGUCCAAGCUAA